AUGAGUAAACUCUGGCAACUAUUUGUGGCUCUUCUUGCCAUUUGUCUAUUAGUCAACGCCAUUCCAAUGGUUCCACGGAAUGAAGGAGAUGAUCAGCUUAUUCAGAAGCGACUAUCAAAUGACGCCUUGAUCCGUCUACUUAUGAGAAAUCGCGGAGCCCAAACCCAACUGGGACUGAAGCGUGGGCUCGUCAAGAAGUCCGACUUGGAGCGUCGCAGCAUCGACGACGACUUCUCCAACUGUUUCCUCUCGCCUGUACAGUGCAUGUUGCCAUCGAACAGGAAAUAA